AUGGUUCCAGCGUCGCCGAACCGUGUCUUUAAAUUACAGCUUCUCCGUAUUCAGCGCGCCAUUGCAAUCGAUUCAACAGAAGAUGGCGUCGGCCUUGAUCGAGUUUGCCUUUACACCACUGAGGAAAUGAGACAGCGCGUCUCAGAACGCCUGAACGAAAAGACUUUCGACAGCGCCUACGAUGAAUGUUCAAACUGGGGUUUUCCGACUACUCAUCAUCGCUUCAAUAAACCGGCGAUCAAUCUGAAA